AUGUCAAACAACAGAAAAAUCCAGGUAGACAUCUACCGCUUAUUGAAAAAAACAGCCGAGGGGCUGGAGUUCUACGAGGAGCUUUUUGACAAAUUUGAGAACGCCCCGAACCUUACGAUAAAGGAACGUCUAGAAGGGGAACUAAAAAAAGAAAUCAAGAAACUCCAACGCCAGCGAGAGCAGAUCAAAGCCUUCAUCGCCAGCUCCGACGUCAAGGACACCAAACAACUCGAAAUGUUUCGGAGGAAGAUCGAGGCCAAGAUGGAGACCUUUAAGAUCUGCGAACGGGAGAUGAAGACGAAGACCUUCAGCAAGGAAGGGCUCGCGCUGGCGGCGAACGACUGGACCGAGGCCCCCCUCGCGCAGACCGAGGCCUGGCUUAAAAACGCGAUCGAGGAGGGACGAAAGAAGGUUGAGAUUAUGGAGUAUGAAUUUCAGAAGCAGCAGGGCGGGCUCACAAAGUCAGGACGACGGGCCCCGAGCAAAACCGGCGCGAAGUCGGAGCUUCAGAUCCGCCUGGAGAAGCUCAACGUGCACAUCUUUAAGUGGGAAUCCCUCCUGCGGAUGGUGAGCAAUGAGGAGGCGAGCCUCGAGGAGGUCGACGCGCUGCGCGAUAACGCCGAGAAGGUCCUGGAGGAGGACGCGGACCUCGAGUGCAUCUCGAACAUGGCGAUGUACGGCAAUUUCGACAUCCCGGACCCGAAGCCGAAGCCCGUCACCGAGGACCCCGCCGAGGAGAAGACCGACGAGGAGCGAAAGGAGGCCCCGCUGCGGAGCAAAUCGCGCUCGGCCCCGGAGCCCGCCGCCGGGAAGGCCGCGGGCUCGGCCUCGACGACGCCGAAACUCGCCAUGGCGACCUCCCCGCUGCCCAACCCGGGGCUCGAGCGGGAAAAGGCCAAAAAAGCGCCUUCGGGCGGCCCCCCGGGGGGGCGAGCCCGCCGAAGGAGGACGACCUCGACUCGCCCUGGAUGGACGAGCUGA